AUGCAUAGGUUCUCUCUGCAGCAGCAUGGUUUUCUGCCCGAUGUCUCAACUGUUACGAACCUCAGCAUCUUGACUGGGGCAGCUGCCGGGGCAAUUGACAACAAAGAACAGUUGGAUGUUGUUUUGACGGAUUGUGCGAAAAACUUUGAUCAGGUUGAUCAUGGUCUGUUCGUGAACAAGUUGGGUAAAUCUGGUUUCUCAAAAAGUGCAUGUGAGCUUAUGGCAUCAUACCUAACCUUAAGGCCGCAGUAG